AUGGGAGUCUGGAAGACCGAUCAACUCGCGGAGGUGCGCGUGGAAACCGGCAAGGCCGAUCUUGGUGCGCGUGAGCCCGUCACGGUUCUGGACGUUUUCAAGGACAUCGUAGCUCGCGCGCCGAACGGGAGAGCUCUCAGCACCAAGAAGAACGGCGAGUGGGUAAUGUACACUUGGCAGCAGUACUACGACAUCAGCCACCAGUUCGCGCGCGCUCUCAUUCACGUAGGCGUGGAGCUCCACGAAGCUGUCAAUGUACUCGGCCCGAAUUGCCCUGAAUGGCUCUUCACCAACAUGGGAAGCAUCAUGGCCGGAGCGGUCAUCGCCGGUGUCUACGUUACCAGCACUCCGGAAGCGUGCCAGUAUAUCUCAGCGCACUGCGAUGCCAAGGUCGUGGUGGUGUCCGACAAAGGCCAAUUGGACAAGUAUCUCUCAAUUCUGGAUCAGCUGCCGAAUCUACUGUACUCGUUCGACGACUUCCUGGAGCUUAGUGGGAACGUGGACGCGAGCCUGCUCGACGAAAGGAUGAAUGCGCAGCAACCUGGUCACUGCUGCACGCUGAUCUACACGUCUGGUACGACGGGCCCCCCGAAGGCAGUCAUGAUUUCCCACGACAACUUGACGUGGACGGUGGCUGCGGCCAUGAAUACGCUCAAGGAUUUCGUAGAUGCAAAGCGGUCCAUGAGCUUCCUGCCUCUUUCUCACGUGGCGGCUCAAAUCCUCGACAUUCACCUGCCGCUAGCCAUCGGCUCUGAAGUGUACUUCGCGGGCCCCGACGCCCUUCGAGGGGGUCUGCUAGGCACGCUGCAAGAGGUUCGGCCCAACUUUUUCUUCGGCGUGCCUCGAGUCUGGGAGAAAAUGAUGGAGUCACUGAAGGAGAAGCUUGGCGGCGCGCCGGAAGGGCUCAAGAAGUCGCUGUUGACAUGGGCCAUGGAUCAAGGCGCCGAAUACGCUACUCAAUCGCAGUUUGGCGCAGCAUCCGGAGCCAGCUGGAGCUUUUGGGCAGCCGACUACUUGCUGUUGGGCAAAGUGCGUAAUGCUCUCGGGCUGGACGAGUGCUCCAUCUUCUUGACGGGCGCUGCUCACAUUGAUCCUAACGUCAUUCGGUACUUCAGCAAGCUUAACAUCCCGCUUUACGAGCUCUUUGGGCAAUCCGAGUGCACAGGGCCCCAUUCAAUCAACAGCCCGGGGAAGUGGAAGAUCGGCACGGUUGGGCCCGAGAUGGAGGGGACUCGCACGCGCAUCGACCCGGACACGGGCGAAAUUCAGUACACGGGCCGCCACAUUUUCAUGGGCUACUUGAAGGACGAAGCUGCCACUAAGGCUACUCUCGAUGAGGACGGUUGGCUGUACUCCGGUGACGUUGGCAAGAUCGACAAGGACGGGUUCCUCUCCAUCACAGGGAGGAUCAAGGAGAUCAUCAUCACUUCGGGUGGCGAGAAUAUCCCUCCUGUCUUGAUUGAGAACGCGCUCAAGACCGAGCUCCCGGCGCUUGCAAAUGUGCUGGUCAUCGGUGAACAGCGAAAGUUUCUUACAUUCCUGUGCUCUCUGCGAGUGGAUCCCGAUCCCGUCACUGCUGCUCCCACCGCCAAGCUUGAUAAGGUGGCGUUAGCCGUGGCGAAAGAAAUUGGCAGUGGCGCCACCACGGUUCCGGAAGCGCGGGUGUGUGAGAAGUUCUGCAAAUACAUCGAGGAAGGAAUGGCACGAGCCAACGCACAGGCCGUCUCGCGGGCCCAAUGCGUCCAAAAGUUCGUCAUCAUCUCCCGCGACUUCUCUCUCGAUGGCAAUGAGCUCACUCCGACCAUGAAGGCGAAGCGGUCGGUUGUUGAGAACAAGUACAGCCAGGAGAUCGAGCAGAUGUACGCUCACGCUUGCCUGUAA